AUGACUCGUCACGUAUCCGCUAUCAGUGCCUGCACCUGGCUAGCUGCCAUCGUCUGCUUCGUCUUUUGCUGGUCCUUCAGCGACGCCAGCAUGCACAGGGAGAACGCUGAGGGGAAAUCUUGGGCGGACGAUGUGGAAGGCAUUCUGAACGACCCCUACGUCAGCGAGCUGGUCAACCGGCUGCGCACACUCGACGACGCAGAAGAGACUAACCUAGCCCACAAACGUGGACUGGAUUUUGGCCUGGGCCGCGGCUUCUCGGCCACACAGGCGGCCAAGCACAAGAUGGGUCUGGAGGCGGCAGCCUUCCCGGGCGGACCGGGCCGCCGGCGACGCUCCGUCGAGCAGGCGCUCCAUCUGUAA